ACUCAGCUGCUUUCGAGGGGCACGGUCGAAAAGUGUUUUUGCGCGUUUCUAUUGUAAGCAGUUCUCGGACUAUGUUGAUAGCGUCUCUCAGAAUUCUUUUCAGCUAUCGCAUUACAACAGUUGACUGUUCGGAAGACUUUCACUGGAUGCCAGUCUUGUAUCUGAAGUGUGCCAAGUGUAGAUAGAAAUGUGAUCGACAGGCGAGUGAAAGGGAAAAUAAUGUUUUGAAUAUGGAUGAUGCCUGCGAAACUAUUUUUCUUCGAAAACGGGUGUGUGAUAAAGUGGACUCUCAGAAUUGUGAUUGUCCUGUUGGUCUCGUUAAACAGAGGGCCAGUCAUGUGGAGGAUUACAUGAGUGAUGAAGAAAGAGAAUUUUUGUGGUUAGUGCAAAUAGGAGAUUUAGAAGGAAUCAAGUCUUUCCUUGAGUCCCAUACCAUAAAUACUGACUGUUGUGAUUACCGAGGGCAGCGUGCGUUGGACAUUGCUGUGAGUAAUCGAGAUGUUGAAUUAGUGAUAUUCCUCUUGGAUAAUCUCGCUGUCACAACGAUACAUUACUAUUGUGCCAUCCUCCGUGCUGUUUUCGAAAACGAUGCUAUCAUUCUUGAAAUGCUCUUAGACAGAGCUGAAGAGGAUAACAGACUGCAUAGCCACUUGAAAGAGCUUAUUACUGGUGGUUCAGAAUGUACAAAGUGCCUUCCUGAAGUUGUAGCGACUAAUAUGACACCAACCAUGGCUGCCUCAAUAAAGGGAAACGUUGAAACAACUAGAAUUCUUCUGGAAAAAGGCUAUUGCAUACAAAAGCCACACAGCCCUAAGUGUCAAUGCCGGGAAUAUUGUUCAAAGAGAUGCCACGAUGGAGAGACUCUGACAGAAUCUAUAAGUCGCAUGAAUGCUUAUAGGGCACUGGCUAGUCCUACUUACCUAAUUUUGACGUCUGAAGACCCUAUCUUGGCAGCUUUUGAAUUAAGUCAAGAACUGAUAAAACUCUCGAAAGAAUUACCGGAAAACCAGAAAGAAUACCAAGAACUUUCAAGCCAAUGCUCAAAAUUCGCUGCAGAUAUACUUAACGAAUGCAGAAACACCAAAGAGGUACAAACAGUUUUGGUUCAGAAGAGAGGACUUAAAGAUCCCAGGCCUCAUAGAUUUAGCAGGCUUCAUCUUGCAGUGCAGUGGGAACAGAAAGAAUUUGUAACACAUCCGAGCUGCCAACAAGUUUUGCGAUCAUUGUGGGUAGAAACGGUAGGCUCUUGGUACAGUUGGCCUUUCCGGUGGAGAGCGUUCUAUGUGAUGAAACAUGCUGUUUUAACACCAGUUGUUUCCAUUGCUUUCAUAUUUAUUCCCAGGGCUGAGAUCAUUGGGCCUUUAAGAGUACCCUUGAACAGAUUCAUCUACUUCGCUACAUCUUACAUAUUUUUCUUAUCUUUACUCAUGGUUACGCUGCUUAAUGAUAGAAGGUAUGAUGUACAUUCACCUGCAACUUGGACGGAAAUGGCUGUUGGGUGCUUUGUGCUCGGUCAUUCUUGGGACAUACUUACAAACUUAAUAUCUGUAGGAUUUUCGAAUUACUUCAGAUCAUAUUGGGCCGUAUUCGAUCUUGUGAUGUUUUCAAUGUUUUUGGUGACUGAAAUUUUGUGGUUCAGCGUUUUCAUUUACAAUUUGUUCUCUGAUAAUGAUACCCACAACUCUAAUCGUAUGUGUUGGGACUGGUAUCAUCCCAUCUUAUUAGGAGAAGGUAUAUAUGCAGCUGCAUCUGUAAUGGCAUUUAGCCGACUGUUGCUAUGGUUCCAUAUCAACUCUCGACUAGGACCGCUGGGAACAUCAAUAAAGUAUAUGCUAACUGAUGUUGCUCGAUUCUUUAUGCUGUUUUUCAUCAUCAUGCUGGCAUUCGCAACUGGCAUAAAUUCACUUUACAAGAACUACAAGGAUUCAGAGCAGUACGACGACACUGACAUCAUUAGACAGCCUGAUGCAUUUAUCACGUAAGUAUAGAAUUAAAGCAAAUUAUUUUAAAUUAGAAAUUCAUGUAUUUAAUAAUACUUUACAAAAAAGUGCUGCUUAAAUACAACCAUAAACAGUAAGUGAAACUUUCCGAAAAUUUAGGUAGUUAUGAAAUACCAGUACCUAUUUAAUGCCUACUUAUAGCUGCUACAAGUAACAACAGCGCAUAAAGAUAAAAUAAAAAGAAAAAAAAAUCAUGUAAUUGCUUUCUCUUAUGGAGAGCAAGAACAAAAUGAAAAACAGUAAAAUACUUUCGCUGAUAUAGCAAAAAAAAAAAAAAAAAAAAAAAAAAAA